CAGCAGCAGCAUCUCAUAGUCGGUAGCCUCUGCUUUCUUCCCAAACCUCUGUCCACUUUUUAUGUACUCUCUAUAUAAGCAGGCCCCUGCUUGCAAUUGACACCAUCAAAACAUUGCAAAUCCUCACCUAAUAUCUCAUCUUCCUGAACUGCGAGAUUGUCCGAUUCUUUUUAUACAAAGAAGAAAAUAGAAAAUGAGUUCAACAGCCAAAGCUUGGGCUGUAGCCACUAGUAUUGCAGCCGUGGAAGCCUUGAAAGAUCAAGGAUUUUGCGGGUGGAACUACACAAUAAGAUCAUUACACCAACAUGCCAAGAACCAGGUCAGGUCAACAUCUAAGACAAGGAAGCUGUCUUCUCCUCCCUCUACUUUGGUUUCAAGUAAAGUGAGAGAAAAUCAUAAAGCAAAGCAAUCAGAGGAGUCGAUGAGGAAAGUCAUGUACUUAAGUUCUUGGGGUCCUUACUAGUAUCUAAACUACUAGCAGAGGAGCUAUAUUCAUGCAUAGACUUGUGUCUCUAUAUAUAGAGACAAUCAAGGAGUGAGUGAGUAGCUAUCUUAGGGUUUGGUUCCUAUAUGAAGAUAAAAAAGAUGUAAAUAGUGAGAAUAGAGAGGAUA